AUGACGGAUAUCCAUCAUACAGAAAGAAGGGCACCACAAGAUGGAGAUUUUGAAAUAAAAACUGGUCACCAUACAAUUGGUAAUCAAUGGAUAGUGCCUUACUGCCCUCUUUUGUCUAAGACAUUCAAUACUCACAUAUAUGUUGAAUAUUGUAAUUCUAUAAAGUCAAUUAAGUACAUUUGUAAAUAUGUCAAUAAGGGUUAUGAUGCUGCAAUGUUCACCCUUCAACAACAGACAUUUCAAGAUGAAGUGACACACUUCCAAAUGGGGUGGUAUAUUUGCAGCAAUCGGGCUUUUUGGAGAAUAUUUGGCUUAUCUAUUCAUGAACAAUAUCCUCCAGUGAAACAACUCUUAGUUCAUUUAGAGAGUGGGCAAAGAAUAUAUUUCACUACAGAAACUGCAGCUCAGCAAUCCCUAACUCCAAGAGAGACUACAUUAACAACAUUUUUCAAACUUUGCCAGAAAAACUCUUUUGCUAAAAACCUGUUUUACUAUCAAUUACCGUCAUAUUAUACAUGGAACAACCAGCAAUGGAAUCGCAGAAAAAGAGGCACUGAGAUUGAUGAUUAUCCUGAUAUCCAAUUUGACAAUGUUCUUGGAAGAGUUUAUACUGUGCAUCUAACUCAGCAGGAAUAUUUUUACUUAUGA